AUGGGCAAUUCAAGGCAAAGCGUCGUCCCUCAUCAGGGUCAACAAACCUGGGUCCAUCCCGGGGUCUUUAUGGACAAGGACCAGCUACACUUUAUGAAGCACAAAGUGUCCAAGGGUGAGCAGCCUUGGCUCGGAGCCUACAACGUUAUGAUGUCGGACCCUCUGGCCUCCCUGACAAGGAAGGCUGCACCGGUGCCCAUGGUUCAAUGCGGCUCAUACUCCAACCCCGAUGUGGGAUGUUCCGACGAACGCAAGGACUCCAUCGCAGCGUAUGCCAUGUCGCUGGCCUGGUACAUCACCGGCCAGAAAGAGUACGCCCACAAAGCUAUCGAAUACAUGAACGCCUGGUCCGCCGUUGUCAAGGAUCACAACAAUACCAACGCGCCUCUGCAGUCGGCAUGGGUUGGGUCUACCUGGGCUCGAGCGGCGGAAAUCAUCAGGCACACAAGCGGGUGUUGGGAUGACGCCGGUGUCCAGAACUUUGAGGCAAUGCUCAAGAACGUAUAUCUGCCCAAGGUCAUCCCCGGCGCCGGUACAUGGAACGGAAAUUGGGAGCUAGUGAUGAUGGAAGCAGCCAUAAUGAUUUCGGUCUUCGUGGAGGACCCGACCUCAUACGACAAAGCCAUGACCAAGUUCCUUGCCCGUGUCCCAGCAUACAUCUACAUGCGCUCCGACGGCGAUUUCCCCGUGCCCCCCGCCAACACCUCCAUCUUCACCAAAGAAAGCGUUAUCAAGUAUUGGUACAACCAAACCACUUUUGUGGAUGGCCUAAGCCAAGAGACAUGCCGUGACCUCGAACAUACCGGAUAUGGAGUUGCGUCCAUCUCCCACGUUGCAGAAACAUCACGAAUUCAAGGCCGGGAUCUUUUCGUGGAGGACAUGGGGGCGCGUCUGCGUGCUACCAUGGAGUUUCAUGCGCAAUAUGCGCUGGGUGCUCCGGCUCCAAGCUGGCUGUGUGGGGGGAAGCUCACGGGACAAUUGAAGAAUGUGACCGAAGUUGGCAACUCCGAGUUAGUCUUGCGAUUGGGAAAGUCAAUGCCCCAAACGAAGUCAUACACGUUGAAGCAGCGACCGGGGGGGGAGAAUGGCUUGUUUGUGCUUUGGGAGACUCUCACCCACGGUCGCGUCUAA